AUGCAUCCUUGUAGGCCAGCAGAGGGUGCCGCCACCAGCGGCACGCCAGCCUACAGGGACGCCUCUCUUGCGAGGAGGCUGUACAGUGGCGUCGGAAACAGCGAAACAUCCGUCGACAGCAGCACUAGCAGCAGUACUAGCAGCAGCACUAGCAGCAGCACUAGCAGCAGCACUAGCAGCAGCACUAUCAGCAGCACUAGCAGCAGCACUAGCAGCAGUACUAGCGGCAGCAUGAGUAGUAGCAGCCACAGAGACAGAGGCGUUCUGGCGUCCAGACGGAGCGGGAAGCGCGUGCAGCUGCAUCCGCACGUCUCCCAUCGCUACAUACACUCCAGGAGGGAGGAGCACUUGAAGAAACACUUUCGCAGAGUGUCGGCGAGCUCUCCUGAGGGGGCUGAGACGCUCGCUGCAAUAGCUGCAAGAAAAGCAGCACCGGCAGCUACCCUUGCCGAGCGAGCAGCCACAGAAUCUGAAAAUGCUGCUGCGUUCGCAUGGCCAAGGGGUUGCUUCCUCAGGAUUCGUCUGACUGCUCCGCGAGCUGACGACUUAGCAGAGACCCUUAGACGCCUAGAGGCAGCUCUGCAGCAGCUGAACGCCCUUGUAGCGAGGCAGCAACAACAGGAGCAACAGCAGCAGGAACGACAGGAGCAGGAGCAACAGCAGCAGGAAGGACAGGAGGAGGAGAAAGCGCCGGCGUUUUUGCUGUCAGUUGCCUGUCUCCCGACGCAGCGCAGAGUGCUCACGCUGUUGCGGUCCCCCUUCAAACACAAAGACAGCAGAGAGCAGUAUGAAUUGCUGCAGCGGAAACUUUUGGUGGACGUCCACCUUAGUGCAGAGUUGCUGCGUUACCUCAAGAAGAAGCAGCAGCAGAGCGCUGGCAGUCGCAGGGACGGGGGUGCUGGUGAAAAAAGCACUGUUGGAGAUUGCCCGAUGGAGUCUCUUAAGCGGCUGCGCUCACACAUGCGACUCUUCCGCCGACAUUUCGGAUUUCUCUUGCAGCGGCAGGAGGGACUGCAGCAGCACGAGGAGGAAAAAAAAGAGGAAUGGCAGCAGCCUGAGCACGCGUUGUUGAAUCGUGAGAAGGCUCUUGAGGACGCGGUGUAUAGGGAGCUGCAACAAAUGCCUUUGCAGGAUGUGCAGCUGGCUAGUGCUCCUUUCCUGCACUUGCCUACCUUUUUGAGUGUCAGCAUGCCCGAGAGAGUCGGCGCUUCCGCCUACUUCGACAUGUAUGUACACCCGGAAAAGCUGAGGCGUAUCUGGCACCGCCUAGGGAUGCGCACCCAGUGGAUAUCUAAAUACCGACUGUAUCAACGGGAGAUGGAGAAGAAGGAAAAGCUGAUAGACGAGCUGCUACAUCCCAAGUUUCGCUUCGACCGUUUACUCCGGUGGCCGUCGGACUUUGAUUCUUUGCGGAUGAAGCAGAUCCCCGAGCUCGAGAAGAUGCUUCGAAUCGCAAAGAUGUACAGACAGCAGCGCCUGGCCCGCGCGCGAAGAGGAGAGGCUCCCUUUGAGCCCAAACUGCAGUAUGGCCGGCUGGGUUUUCGUUCCAUAUCCCUCAGUCCAUCAGCUGCGGCGCUGCGCGCAGCAGCAAAAGAGGCAGGGGCCUUCAGCAGCACAGGACAGCCUUUGCUGCUGGAGUUACAGAGGCCCCCCUCCCCCCUCAGGUUCUGCACUCCCCUUCGUUCCCCCGACUGGGAAUAUACAUUUGCUGCUGCGGCGAAAACCACAGGCGACCUACCUGUCAACUGCCGGCGUCAGCAGCAGCAGAAACAGCAACAGAAGCAGCAGCAGCCGGGGGCACUCGACACCACAGAUCGGGAGCCGCUAGGAGAGCCUUCACUUCUGUACCUGCGCAAGAUCCGCUGGAUGGCACGCAGUGCAGCCAUCCCGCCGCGAGGUCUUCGUUCUGCUACUCACCGCUUGCGAGACUGGAGCGUCUUGGCAAAUGCUGCAGCAAGGGCAGGCAACAUUGAAGCUGCGGCUGCCGCACACUAUUCCUUGGGGUUGCUGCUGGAAGGCAACAAAAUGUUUGGAAAGGCCCUGCUGCACUACACAGAAUUCCUUAAGAUGGCGACUAUCCUAGACUCCCACGAACUUCAGGCCUUGGCACACAACGCUAAGGGCGUUGUAUUCGCGGCUUUGGACAUGCUAAAUGACGCCGUGCAGGAGCAUCUAUUGCAACUAAAGCUCUCAGACGAAGCCGGGCAGCUGGUGGCGCACAUGAAUUUAGGAAUUUUGUUGCACAGAAUGGGAAAAGAUGAGGAAGCCCGGCGUCACUUAUCAGCAGCAGCAGAUCUCGGAGUGGAGCUGAACGACCCCUUGAGUUAUUCGCUCGCUCUUGGCAACUUGUCAAUCUGCUCUGAACCCUCUGGAGACUACGAGAUGUCAAAAAGACUUCUUGAAGAGCAUCUCGUCAGGGUUCAGCGGGAAAUUUCCAGGCUUGCAGCACACAGGCCCCCGGCUGUGCCCUUAGGGGAUGCACGGGCUGUUCUGCAGCAAGAUACCAAGGAGAGACGUCAACACAAGCUCCGGCUGCAUCUGCAGCACUGGGAAAAUCCGCGAACGAGAGCCGGCACACCCUGGAAACAAAAGGCAAUAGUUGCAAAUCACGUGUCGAGACACCAUGUGCAGGCGAGAGACAGCGAGGCCUCUAUGGCGAAUGCCAGGAGAGCGGCCACAGCCGCUGCUGCCGAUCUCCUUAGCGCGCACCAGGGCGUUCCGCAGGCAGCAGAAGCAGCAGCAGCGCUGCUGGUCCGACAUGCAGUCGCAAGCAGCAGCUCAAGUGCUGCAUUGACGCCUUCCACAGCAGCCACAGCGGCAGCAACAGGAGGGCUGGACAGCCUGUUGUUGCGCCGAAUUACCAGCAGACAGCGCUAUCUGGAUGCCGCUAAGCGACUCUCCGCUUUAGCAGUCUCAGGGCCUGGCGCACUUCACCGGCUCUACGUGGGCCAUGCUGGGCGUCGUCGCAGCAGCGAAAAACGCAGCAACAGCUACGAAAGCGGUGGCAGCAGCCUCAGUCACAGCAGCAGCGACUCCGAAGGCUCCGUGUGCGAUAUCUAUGAGUGCGACAUCCAGCAACGGCUGCUCGAGGAAGCAGCAGCAUGUGGUGCAGCGGCGUGCGCCUCUCUGUAA